GUGAAAGUGGAGGCGGCUUGAAAUGAGUAGGAACGAAGGAGGCGGUGGGGGCGGCGGCAGCGUCCUCAUAGACAUGGCUCUGCAGUGGGAGAAACUUUCGCCGGCCGAAUUUCAGCAACUCCAGGACUUGGCUUCGUAUUCCAGCAAGAAAUUGCAGGACGUUUUGGUAGAAUUCUGUGGUACAGGUCCACCUUAUAAACACAAUCCAGAUGGGGACAUUGAUUACGAAGCUUUCCGCCUUUUCCUCGACACCUUCCUGGAAGUUCACACGCCCGAAGAGCUCACGCGACAUUUAUUUCUGUCGUUCGUCAAAUGCGGACCGAUCAAAGUGGAAGGCAAAGCCUUUAAGGAAAUGGCAGUCAUGAGCUCUUCCACGGCUUGCGCACCGAUCACAUCACACAACAAAGGAAGGACUGUUUUCUCGUUUCUAGGCUCAACGCCUAAUGUGAACUCGUGCUGCGAACCGGUGGAUACGAGGAACAUCUGUGUGAGCACAGAUAAAGUGGCUUCGUACAGCGAAAUGUUGGCUGAAAAGUUUCACGGUUUCAGCGAAAAGCUCCUUGGCCACCAUCGAUCAGACAGCGAUACAUCGACGAGAGCCAAAACAGGUACCGUGCAUCCGAUGCUGACAAUCACGCACACCUCAUACUCCUGUCACGAGGUUCUGGGAAAAAAGAGCACGGAUUCAUCGCCUUCGCACAGCCAGAUUUCGCGAAACUCAUCGAGGAAGUCGAACAAUUCGCUGCUGGUGAACAAUGGAAAACUUGAAGAAGUACGCCACAUUGUGAGGAAAGCCAGCACCAUCGAUGUUCACGCAGUCAAAGUUUCUCUCAAAGAUAUCGUUUGUUAUCUGUCGCUGCUCGAAGCCGGACGGCCGGAGGAUAAAUUGGAAUUUAUGUUCCGUUUAUACGACACCGACGGCAACGGAGUGCUGGACACAAACGAAAUGGAUAGCAUCGUUAACCAAAUGAUGACCGUCGCUGAAUAUUUGGGAUGGGACGUCUCUGAACUGAAACCUAUCUUGCAAGACAUGAUGGUAGAAAUCGACUACGACGCCGAUGGCACCGUUUCACUCGAAGAAUGGAAACGCGGAGGUCUGACAACGAUCCCUCUUCUCGUUCUACUCGGAUUGGAUACUAACGUCAAGGAGGAUGGUAAUCACCUGUGGCGAUUGAAGCACUUCAGCCGACCGGCGUAUUGCAACCUUUGCCUGAACAUGCUCGUGGGUUUGGGCAAAAAGGGAUUAUGCUGCACAUUCUGCAAGUAUACAGUGCACGAACGGUGUGUGCAAAGGGCGCCGGCCAGCUGCAUUGCGACAUAUGUGAAGAGCAAAAAGUCCCAGCAGACUCUGCAACAUCACUGGGUCGAAGGGAACUGUCAUGGAAAAUGCGCUCGAUGUCGGAAGCCCGUUAAGGCCGGCAUCACGGGAUUACACUGUCGUUGGUGCCAAAUAACCCUGCACAACAAAUGCGUCUCAUCGGUGAGAGCCGAAUGCGGAAUGGGAGAGCAUGCUGUCCACAUUCUACCGCCAACUGCAAUCUGUCCUGUAGUUUUGGACAGGCAAAAGUCCAUACAGAAACGAGGAUCCAAGUAUGGUCAUGACAAUGGCAAUGCCUCGUCCAAGCAACCUGCGAUGUCUUUCCAGUUAUCUCCGAUACCGAAUUCGUGUCCGCUUCUGGUGUUCAUCAACCCGAAAUCCGGAGGUCGACAGGGCGGAAGGAUGCUCAGGAAGUUCCAAUACAUUCUCAACCCGCGGCAAGUGCACAAUCUGGCUACCGGAGGACCGCUGCAGGGUCUGAGCAUGUUCAAGGACGUGCCCAAUUUCAAGGUCAUUUGCUGCGGAGGCGACGGCACAGUUGGAUGGGUUCUCGAGACGAUGGAUAAAGUGGAUUUGGAAUGCCAGCCGGCCGUCGGAGUUAUUCCGCUCGGAACUGGCAACGAUUUAGCCAGAUGUCUUCGUUGGGGUGGAGGUUACGAAGGAGAGUCUGUGCACAAGCUGCUCCACAAGAUCGCGAGAGCUUCUUCGGUUCUUUUGGAUAGAUGGCUCAUCGAACUCACGGACACCUCACCACCGGAACCCGAGAUGAACCAGGCCGAUACUCGCAUCCCCUACAACAUAAUCAACAACUACUUUUCUAUCGGUGUGGACGCUGCUAUCUGCGUGAAAUUCCACUUGGAGCGUGAAAGGAAUCCGGACAAAUUUAACAGCAGGAUGAAAAAUAAACUGUGGUAUUUUGAAUACGCCACUUCCGAGCAGUUCGCGGCAAGCUGCAAAAACCUACACGAAGACUUGGAAAUCAUCUGCGACGAUGUUUCCUUGGACUUGGCCAACGGUCCUCCGCUGCAAGGAAUAGCUUUACUGAAUAUUCCAUACACACAUGGAGGAUCGAACCUUUGGGGCGAACAUCUGUCCGGAUCUAGGAGGAAAAAGAGCACGAAGAAGAAGCGCCAGAAGGAGAUGAGCACUAACAGCUUUAAUUCAGUGGAUCUUAGCGUUGCUUUGCAAGAUAUUGGCGAUGGAUUAAUUGAAGUUAUUGGGUUGGAAAACUGCUUGCACAUGGGUCGUGUGCGAACUGGAUUAACGGCGAGCGGUCGACGUCUUGCUCAAUGUUCUUCCAUUACCAUCAAGACUAAGAAGACCUUCCCCAUGCAAAUCGACGGAGAACCGUGGAUGCAACCUCCGACAACAAUACGUAUCACACAUAAAAAUCAAGUACCAAUGUUGAUGGCGCCGCCACCGGAAAAAGGUAAAGGCCUUUUCCGGUUCUUCAGAAGAUAGGCGCUUCUCAACAAUGAAACCUGCCAAAAACGUGCGUUGUGACGUCUUCGAGAGAAUAUAAAAUAUAUAUAUCAGAGAUGUAGUGUACCCAUUCUUUUACAUAUACACAUCUAGUCAUUAUUGUUUCGUUGUGUAUUCGUGACAAUAAGUAUUUAAAGUCAUUGUCGUUGUAUUCUUCAUUUUAAUUUUUACAUGUUCAUUCAGUAUUAAAAUAAUUAAACGACGUUUUCCGACGCGAAAUGUGCGUUUCGUAGCUUGAGAUGAGAACAAUUCUGAGGAGAGGAAAGUCGUAUAUAAUAAAUACAUGUAUAUCUUAUAAACUAGGGACCAUGCUUCAAAGAUUACAACAUCAAAAAAAAAUCAAAAAUCCCGCCAUCAAGUGUUAUUCUAUUCGUCGUCGUUGUCGUCUAUCCAAUUUCAUAUCAAAGCUUAAUUGAUGUUUUCCAUCGCCUUUUAAUUGCGUUUGCAUUGUGUUGUGAAUUUAUUUUUUUAAUUCCUCAUCGAAAGUAAAUAAAAAAUGAAGUACGCUUUAAGCGAUAUCAAUGUAUAAACUAUGUUUAUGAACUAAAUAAUGUAUGUGUAUAGCGCUUUCCCAUGCGAAUUAUUACAAACAAUUCGAAUUACUACAAAUAUUACGUUUCUCGAUGCAUUCUAUACUUUUGAUGUGUGAUUUACUGGAAUCGCAACUCUAAAAUGAAGGAAAACGCUGGGGCCGCGCGCAAUAUAGUUUUAUUUAUCAGCGUUUGCUAAUCUUAAAUUAAUAUUGUCGUUAUGAAAUGAAUGGAAAAAAAACUCUUAGUUUUCAUGUUGUACCGCACAGGAUGGUCACUGAACCUAAGACAAAGAAUAAAUUAACUCGAUUACACUAUUCAAUUACAAUUGCAUUUUGUAAGAAGAAACUUUGUCUUAGACCCAUUGGUCUCAAUCCAGUGUUGAAUUGCUGCAUAGCUUUAAAUAAUGAAAAAAAAAAGUGAAUGAAAACACAAGUACACAGAAAAAAAAUAUCAUAAGAAAACUUUAGGAUUGUAAGUGUAUAGGAGUGAUAAGUCAAAUAUUUAUACGUGUAUAUAAAUUAUGAACAACAUGUUUUUUCGAAAUAGCCGUUGUCUGCUGAUUGUUUUCUUUCGGCAGAAAGGCGUAUUUCGUUGUGGACGGAAUGCUUGUAAAAAAUAUGUAACAGUUCAACGUCCAAAUUUGAGCGUCAAAAGAUGAUUUUUGUAUUUGUCGAUGUACAUAUUAUAUACGAUAAUUACAAAUAAAUAUGAUCUUAUUUGCCAAAUUCUCGAUAGAUAUUAUACAUAUAAAAAUACGCAUAAAAACCAGAUGAUCGAU